AUGCAAAUUAAUCACAAAAUAUACGCUACUUUGAUUGCUUCUCGCGAGCGCGAUGAUGCCAUAAUGCGUAUGGUAGAGACGUUAAUAUCCACCCUUGCUUCCGAGCCCCGUGUUUCCAGGCCCUUCGAUUCCAGGGGUCGUACUCGCAAGGAGGCAAAGCUGGCCACUCUCGAGAUAAAUGAUAAAGUCUACUUAGAGCGUAUCGAGGAGGUUCAGGAGUUCAUCGACAGGAAGAACAACGGCGACGAGACGCCAUGGAGUAAAUGCCCAUGUUUCUACAGUAUCAAGUAUCAUACCAAGAAGGAGGUGUCUUUCGAGUCUUGUCAGGAGUACAUCAGCAUUAUGUCAUCCAAGAUCAUUGCCAAUCAGCAGGAAAUCAUCAACUCCACUGUGUUUGAGUCACGCAACCCCAUCCGCUUUGUGGUUAAGAGCCACGACACCAAGCGUCGCAAGCUCAAUGUGUUCGAGACCGAGGAUUAA